UUCAAGAGUAAUCCAAUUUGUCAAGCAUUUUAAUUAAUUAUGAGGACUCCAAAGUCUCGUAAAUUAUUGCAAAGGGCUUUUUAUCCCUUAUAAAGAACACCACUCUUAUACCUAGGCAUGCAGUAGUUACCUUGUUUCAAUCCUUCAAAGAUGACUGUCAUUGUUGAGAAUCCUGUCGAGGAUAUAGAGCUAUUUGAACAGAAGAAGGAAAUCCAUAUCGACCCCGAUGAGUUGGUGUCUGAUGGUGGAUUCACGAUGCCAGAUAGUAAUGCAUUUGGCCAAUCAUUUAGGGACUAUGAAAAUGCAAAGAGUGAAAGGCACCAGAUUGUUGAACGAACAUACAGGCUGCAACACAUUAACCAAACAUAUGAUUACGUCAAGAAGAUGAGGGAAGAAUAUAGCAGACUGGACAAGGCAGAGAUGAGCAUAUGGGAAUGCUGUGAGCUUCUCAAUGACGUUGUGGACGAAAGUGAUCCUGACUUGGAUGAGCCACAAAUCAUGCACUUGCUGCAGUCAGCUGAAGCAAUCAGAAAAGACUACCCUAACGAAGACUGGUUGCACUUGACUGCACUUAUCCAUGAUCUUGGAAAAAUCCUCCUACUUCCUCAAUUUGGAGGAUUACCUCAAUGGUCUGCUGUAGGUGAUAUAUUCCCUGUUGGCUGUGCUUUUGAUGAAUCCAACGUCCAUUAUCAGUUUUUCAAGGAAAACCCAGAUUUCAACAAUCCAAAAUACAACACCAAGAAUGGGGUUUACUCUGAAGGAUGUGGACUGAGUAACGUGUUGAUGUCAUUUGGGCACGAUGACUACAUGUACUUGGUUGCAAAGGAAAAUGGCACGACCCUGCCUUCUGCUGCCUUGUUUGUUAUCCGCUACCACUCAUUUUAUCCAUUACACUCAUGUGGAGCAUACAAGCAUCUGAUGAAUGAGGAGGAUGUGGAGAACCUGAAGUGGCUUCAGAUAUUCAACAAGUAUGAUCUCUAUAGCAAGAGCAAGGUCCCAAUUGAUGUUGAAAAAGUCAAGCCAUACUAUCUUUCCCUCAUCGACAAGUAUUUCCCAGCAAAAGUCAAAUGGUGAACCUUGGGCAUUAAUGGCAAUAUGGUGGUUUGCUUCUUCGAGUUGUUUGAUAAAUAAAUAUGCUGGAAAAAAGUAGCUAGAUAUGGCAUGGGAGGUCGAGUGUUCUAUGCGUCUAGUUUAGUUACAAUUUUUUAUUUAUUUAUUUUUACCUUGCACACAGUUAUGGAGCAAUUAUCUCUCACAAGCCAACUUCACGUACAGAACACUAGAGGAAAUAUUCUUUUUUUA